UCAUGUGAACGGAUUGCUGGACCGCUGACACAGCGCGCAAACUCUCGCGAAAUUAGCAACAGAUAUGACCAAAAUGCUAAUGCAAAGCUAUUUCCGGGUCAGGAUGAGGCUGUGGAGGACAGGACGAAAGGCGGAGUGAUUACUGGAGAGAUUUUGCUGUUAAACUGAUCAGCCCAUCGAUUGUUUUGCUUUCCUAACCACGGCGGUGCAUGGCCGCAGUAACGUUAGCUAACCGCACCUAGCUGACUGACAGCCCCCUCGCUUGGUCACAUGAAGUUAAUUUAACCCAGUGGAAGGAUGGCGGAGCGGGACAUGUCGCCGGGAGAGCUACCUCUGCAUUCAUCUCCAGAGGUUUCCGAAAGUUCUGCGAGAAAACAUUCUUCAGAUGAAAACGGACACGUUGAUAGUCCAGAUGACACUCUCUCUCCGACUUCGGUGAUUUACUUCAAGGAGGCUUUAAACUCAAACUUGAGAUUUGGGAAGGCUGGGUCGCUGUCACCUACUCCGGUUCGACAGUUUGACUUCAGGAUUGAAAGAAUCGACUCAAAGCGCAGAAAUCCCAAGGAUCCCAUUGCAAUCGAAAGGCUUAACUUGAUGAACAUGGCCAAACUCAGCAUCAAGGGCCUGAUCGAGUCUGCCCUCAACCUCGGGCGCACACUCGACUCUGACUAUGCACCUCUCCAGCAGUUCUUUGUCGUGAUGGAGCACUGUCUGAAACAUGGGUUGAAAACCAAGAAGACCUUCCUGGGGCAGAACAAGUCAUUCUGGGGGGCGUUGGAGCUGGUGGAGAAGUUGACACCUGAAGCGGGAGAGAUCACUGCCAGUGUAAAAGACCUGCCUGGCCUCAAAACUCCCCUAGGAAGAGGGCGUGCCUGGUUGCGACUGGCCUUGAUGCAGAAGAAACUCUCCGACUACAUGAAGACCAUCAUCAACAGAAAAGACCUGCUCAGCGAAUUCUAUGAGCCGAAUGCGCUGAUGAUGGAGGAGGAGGGAGCCGUCAUCGCUGGGCUGCUCGUCGGACUAAAUGUCAUUGAUGCCAACCUGUGUAUGAAGGGAGAGGACCUGGACUCUCAGGUCGGGGUGAUUGAUUUUUCAAUGUACCUCAAAGAUGGUGGACACAGUAGUAAGAGUGCAGAGGGUGACGGUCAGAUCACAGCGAUUCUCGAUCAGAAGAACUAUGUGGAGGAGCUCAACAGACAUUUAAGUGCAUCAGUAAACAACCUCCAGGCCAAGGUGGACGCUCUGGAAAAGUCCAACACAAAGCUAACCGAAGAGCUCGCAGUGGCGAAUAACCGGAUCAUCACUUUACAAGAAGAUGUGGAGAGAGUAAAGGAGGAGAGCUCAUAUCAGCUGGAGUCCAGGAAGCCAUCAAGAAGCGACUCCGCGGCAAACGGACAAGCACUGGGUGAAACACGCAAGCAGCUCAAAGAGGAAACUUUGCUGCGAUUGGAUGUGGAGAAGGAGUUGGAGGUGCAGAUUGGAAUGAAGCAGGAGAUGGAGCUGUCCAUGAAGAUGCUGGAGAAAGACAUCUGCGAGAAGCAGGACGCUCUGGUGGAGCUCCGACAGCAGCUGGAAGACCUCCGUGUCAUCAACCAACAGCUUAGCCACAAGUCACAGAGUGCAGACGCCGGCUCUAAACAGAAGAGUGAAGCCAUCGCUCGCCUGGAGGAGAAAAUCAACCAGAUGACGGGGACCGUGAAACAGAUGGAGACCAGUGAGAAGCAUGUGGUGAAGCAGGCCAGAAACCUGAACUCAGCAGCAGGGAAGCUGCUGCAGCUGCAGCAGUAGUAGCGCCCCGCGUUCAUAACCGAAUACAAACCUACAACCCUGCCUAAUAUAGAAGUAACCAAACUAGGAUGUUAUCUUUUCUGUGCGAUGCUCCUUUUGUUGUUGAAAAUAAAAACCCAUUUGACCACAACCUCCUGCAGUGGCUCUCCAGCAUCAGCUUUGAGUAGUGUGGACUGAAUGGAUCCUUUUAGCGGCCCGUAAUCCUUGUGUUCUCUGACAGACAUCCGAUUUAUACUUCCAUUUGGAAGGCAUUCCUUAGAAAAAUACCGCAUUUAAUGCUUUUUUUGGCAAAGGUAAGAUGAGUAGAUGGCAUGGUGUCUGAAAGUCCACUGUUUUAAGAUUUGACGGACUGACGAUUUAAUGUGCUGACGAACACGUCCUGGGUAUUUGGGAGGUGGUGGACUUGCUGUAAUGUCAUUCCAAAGAAUAAGACCACUACCAGAGAGUGAACUGAUGUUUAGGGGCUGAUAUCCAGUGUUGUCAUUUGGUGAUCCACGUUCAAGUGUAGAAGGCCAGGACAGGAGCAAGAGAAAGUAAGAAGAAAAGGGCAUAAAUUAAUUUAUACAUUUUGAACUGUAUGUAAACAUAACAUUGGUGUAAACUGUAGUAAUCAUUAGGCUAAUAAAACAAUAAACAAACAGCCUGCUUCAUCUUUUUUGGCUAAAGUUUCCCUGUUGUCCUCGUUGGGUUUUCAGUCCCCAGUCAGCUCUUCAUCAUUUUGUGUGUUUUUUUUGUUUGUUUUUGUAACGUUUUAAGUUUCUUUCCGUCAAAUUUCAUUUUACCAUAAGUUUA